AUGGUAACAGAACAUGCUGACCUGGAAGGGGUAGAGAGUCAGGUGUCCGUUUUGGUUGCUGACGUGGAUGGAGAACAAAUUUUUAAUGGACAAAUUAGUCUUUGCGGCCAUCAUACAUUCUCUCUCUCCGUCGCAACUUCCCUUGGUCCGACUCCGUCACCGCUCUCAUCGACUCUGCCGUCGGCCGCCACCUCUCCUACGCCGAUUUCAUCCGCCAAUAAUGUCAAAAGCAAGAAGAAGAAGAAGAAAGUUACAUUUAAUCCGAAUGUUCAGAUAUAUGAGCCUGAUCCCACAGCUUAUAAGGUACUAGAUAACGAGGAAGAAGAACACCAAAACAAUGCUGCAGAACCAACAAAGAAGAACUCGAAUCCACCUUCCAUCUCCGGAGAAGGAUCUGCAUCCUUGACAGUGACAUACCCUCCAAAUUACAGAUAUUAUAACUGCAGCGAAGAUAUCGGCGAGGAGGAAGAUGUUGACUAUGAGAAAUCUGACAUCGAUGACUAUGAGGAUGAUGAAGAGUUUGAUGAUGGAUAUGAUUGUGAUGAUGGUAGUAGUGACAAUAGUUUAGAGAAUGAUGAGGCUGAAGGAGUUGCCCGAUUCGUCCAACUCUUCUGCGGCCGAAGGCAGGACAAGGAAUCAGAUGCCAAUUGAUGCGAGUGGAAGAGACAGAAGCACAAACAUGCAUUCUGUUCUGAGCCCUGUAGAGAACCUAACUCAGUGGAAAGCAAUCAAAGCAAAAGUUCCAUCAAGUAAGCACAGGAGGAAGGAGAACGUUCCAAGCAUACCCUCGACCACCACUGAAGCUCGCUCGAAUUUCUCACCUUGUUUAAGCAUGAAAUCAAGUGUCCUUUAGUCUAAA